CUGAGAGACAGAGGCAGAAACAGAGCAGCAUCAGGAUAGAGCACAGCAUUAUAUCUGUGAUUCGGAAAUACAAAUUACAUUAAAGCAUCUGGUGUUGGAGAAAUACAGCAACAGGGUGCACUAUACAGCAAAUUGUGACUACUGUAAAGCUACUGAGACUCAUCCGGUGUCUCCUUCCUUACAAUGUCUUUCAACAUUUAUGAAGACCCAAAUCUGAAUACGAAUGUGAGAUACUGCAAAGGAGCCAGAGACGACGGAGGAGACAAAGUGGAGAGACUGGUCGACAUUUAUGAGAGUGUGGACGCAGACCAUCCUGUUUGUACACGGGAUGAAGGAGCACACAUUCAGAAGCAUCUUGCAGCUGUCCAAAGAAACCCUUUAAGAACUGCUGCACUGGUUGUGGGUCUGCUGUGUCUACUGCUUGUAGCUGUAGUCAUUGUCCUGACCACACUCUAUAUUUCAAUCACUUUGGAAAAAGACCAUCUGCAGAGUACUUAUGAGGAGCUGCAGAGCAGUUACAACAACCUGAGUAACAGUUUCUGCCAGACACAGGGGAGAGAAAGCCAGACACAGGGGGACAUUACAGAAUGGGAGAGAUUUCGAUGCAGUUGUUACUACAAAUCUACUGAGAGGAAAACCUGGACAGAGAGCAGGAGAGACUGUCAGGAGAGAGGAGCAGAUCUGGUGAUAAUAAACAACAAAGAAGAACAUGAAUUUGUCAGUAAACAUGGAGAUUCCUGGAUCGGUCUGCAGUCAGUGCCAAAAAGCGACUGGAAGGACGGAUGGCAAUGGGUGGAUGGAUCAGUAACACAAUAUAGGGCCUGGCACCAAGGAGUCGAUGUUCAACCUAAGGAUGGCACUGGGUUGACAGCAUACAUUGAUCUGGAAGGAACAUGGAGGCAUAACAAGACUGGAUCCAAACAAUGGAUCUGUGAGAGACAGAUCUAUUGAGUCUAAUGUGUGUGUCAUGUAACUGUGAUGUAAUGGGUUGGAAUCUUUCUAAGGACCUUUGUUGCAUGUUAUUUUUCUUUUUUAAAAGUUCUUACUGCCCUUCCAACAAAAAAAAAAACAAAAAAAACAUAAUAAAGGCAAAGAUGAGAAAAUAAACUGUACUGCAUUAGUGAGAAGUGACACAUGGUAAAGUAUGAAAAAUGUUAAUGAUUUAAAAAAAAAUAGAAUAUUCAAAGAAACACAUACACAGACUUUUCUGCUAUUCUCAGAGCCUUAAUAGUGGUGCAGCUAAAACCAUACAGUUUGUCCUGAGGGUAACUUGAAAGGAAAGGUCAUACAGUGUCUAGAAUGAAAAUGGUUCUUCCACUGUGAUGUUAAUUUAGUGAAUUUCACAGAAAACUGCCCAUAACUAGGGCUGUACUCAAAUCAGAAUUAUGUCAGUCCAAUUAGAUUUAGCUGUUCAAUACAAAUGUUCAACUUUUCAUUCUUGUUUUUUUUCCAUAUAGAGUUUUAGAGUUUGAACAGGGUUCAGCUGGACGACAGAUAAGAAAUGUGCAACAAAAUUUUUUUGUUGCCUCUGUAUUGCAGCUGCCUGUACUGAAGAGCAGCGUGAAAGUGAGGAGAGCUUACUCUGCAGCAAAAUCUGGGGACCAACAUGUCACCAGAAGUGCCCUGCACACUAAUUGACAAAAAGAAAACAACUGCUUGACUUAAAGCAAUCUCAGUCGACUGAAAGGUCUCCAACUUUAGUGGGCGGCCCGACCAAUUACAUAUCAGUGUUUCUUUUGUAGCACUGGAAGCUGUGGUGUGAGGUAGUUACCACGGGCCCGAGUGCAUGCUGGGUUCUAGUUAUAAGGUGCAUACACACACAUCUGGCAAUUGUUUUUAAAAAUGCCAAACGAAUCAAGUCUAAGGAGCUUUACUACUUUGUCCUUUUCAUUUCUUCUUUACUGGCGCUUUUCUGUUUAAAAGUCAUGACUGUUCGCUGGGCUUGUAGAUGUGCUCAGCUUGUCAGUCUUGACAGAUAUUGUACCUAAAAUAGCUACUGUAUCAUAUCAUCUUGUCACAUGAUCAAAUAGAGACUUGACAUUACACAACAUGAACAUACAUGUUACCCAACAAUCAAAA